AUGAGCGGCGGCGUUCUCCGCCACUGGCUCCUGCUCCUCCUCGUUCUCUCCCGGUGGACUUUAAUGGCGGCGAAGGUGACGGCGGUGAUUGUCUUCGGAGACUCCUCCGUUGACGCCGGGAACAACAACGCCAUCCUCACCAUCGCCCGCAGCAAUUUCCCCCCCUACGGUCGUGACUUCGCCGGCGGCAAGGCCACAGGCAGGUUCUGCAAUGGCCGCCUCGCCACAGACUUCCUCUCCGAGGCCUUUGGAAUCAAGCCCACUGUGCCCGCCUAUCUCGACCCAGAAUACGACAUUAAGGACUUCGCCACGGGCGUCACCUUCGCCUCCGCCGCCACCGGGUUCGACAACGUCACCGCCGGAGUCCUCGUAAGUACGACCCACCCACCAAUGGAUGUUCAAUUUCUGAGAGACCCUCUUCCUUCUCCGCCUGAUGAGAGAAAGACGUCUUCUUCCACCGUCCUUGUGCAGGAGGUGAUACCGCUGUGGAGGCAGCUGGAGUACUUCGAGGAGUUCAGGGAGAGGCUGCGGAGCUUCCAGGGGGCGGAGCAGGCAGAGGUGACGCUGACGGAGGCGCUGUACGUGAUCAGCCUGGGGACCAACGACUUUAUCGAGAAUUACUACGCCAUUCCCACGAGGUCCUCCCACUUCACGGUGGAGCAGUACCAGGACUUUGUGGCGGGCAUAGCCAGGGACUUCGUGUCGGAGAUCUACGCCAUGGGAGCGAGGAAGAUCGAUCUCAGUGGGCUGUCCCCCAUCGGCUGCGUGCCCAUCUCCAGGACCGCCAACGUCGCAGGCGCCGGCGGCUGCAGAGAGGAUUACAACCGCGUCGCCGCCGGAUUCAACUCGCGCCUCCAGAGCAUCGCAGCCCACCUCAACUCCGCCCUCCCCGGCGCAAGGAUCGCCUUCGCCGGCGUCUACGAUCUUCUCCUCGACAUCAUCAGCCGCCCCGAAUCCUACGGUAAACCUCCUCCUCCUACCUUAAUCUUCUUCUUCUCUUCCUACUCCGCCGCCGGAAUCUGCGAGAGCAGGGGAGCUUGCUGAUUGGCCGGAGAGGGGAGAUUCUCACCUCUGGUUACUGAGAGGGAGGGUCUUCUUCUUCUUCUUCUUCUUAUACUGCUUUUACGGUGAGCAGGGUUCGAGAAUUCUAGGCUCGGGUGCUGCGCGACGGGGCUGUACGAGAUGGGCUACGUGUGCAAGCCGGAUCAACCGCUGACGUGUCAGGACGCGACCAAGUAUGUCUUCUGGGACGCCGUCCACCCCACAGAGUCAACGUAUCGCAUCGUCGCAAGCUAUCUAAUGAACACGACCCUAGAUCAGUUCCUCUGA